GGGAUGCGUUCAUCGAAGUUCUGUCUAAAUCCUGCAGGAGACACGCCUUCCUCUUGCCGCCUGUUUGAUGCUAUCGCAAGCCACUGUGUUCCUGUUAUUGUGAGUGACAAAAUUGAACUCCCCUACGAGGAUGAAAUCAACUACAAAGAGUUCUCUGUUUUUUUCUCUGUCAAGGAGGCGUUGGUUCCCGGUUACAUGGUUACAAAGCUCCGGGAAUUUCCUAAAGAGAGAUGGCAUGACAUGUGGAGGCGGCUCAAAAAUGUCUCCCAUCACUUUGAAUUCCAGUAUCCCCCGAAAAAGGAAGAUGCUGUGAAUAUGCUAUGGAGACAGGUAAAGCACAAGGCUCCCGCGGCCAGACUUGCUGUACAUAGAACCCGGAGAUUGAAAGUGCCAGACUGGUGGCGCCGAAGGAGAUAGCUUGGAGGCUGCUUUUGCAGACAUAGGUGUAUCGCUUUUUCAUUUUUUUGAACCGUGUAUUCUAAGAUUUUUUGAUGUUUUAAAAAUAGGUAGAAAAAUAAAUGUAGGCAAGGAUUUUUGAAUUACAGAUAUGCAUGCACCAAUACUUCAUGCAUAUAAAAUGCAGAGCUUGAGUUAAAAUAUGUAUAGCAAAUGAUAGAGCACUUCAAUACAUUAUUAUAUCUUUGAAUCAAAUUUGUCUUCAAAAUUUUUCUCAUUCU